AUGUUUGAAGAUACAUUACCAGAUUUCGUCAAUAAACAUAAUAAUGAUAAAAUAGCAUUAUUACAUAUUGAUUGUGAUUUAUAUUCUUCAACUAAAACAGUAUUUAAUUAUUUAGGAAAACUAUUAGGUCCAAAAUCUAUUAUUGUAUUUGAUGAAUUUUGGAAUUAUAAUGGUUAUGAAGAGCAUGAAUGUAAAGCAUUUUAUGAAUGGUUAAUAAAUGAAAAUAAAUUAAAUUCUUUUAAAUGGAUUGGAUAUUGUGGUGAAUGCAAUACUACUCAGUAUAUAAAAAAGGGAAUAUAUCCAGAUCCAUUUUAUGGACCUAUCUUUCCACUUACUGAAAGAGUUGCAGUACAAUUAAUAUAA